AUGGAGGAAGGUCAGAGAAUUACUAAGUCAUUGCAUUCAUCGGUUGAAGAGGCCACCAAAGAAGAAGAUAAACAAGAGAAAGAAGAAGAAGAAACAGUGGUGGUGCCGAUUGAAACUUUACCAACUCCAUAUCAGAAACAACAACACCAACAGCAACUAUUGGAUACUUCAUCAUUUAUAGCAGCAGCUUCGUCUCCAUCGUUCAAUAUGUCAUUCACGUCUCAGGCUUUUGAUAGUAGUGAUGUCACUGAUAUUGAUAUUGAUCCUGAAUUGUUUUCAUUAAGUCAACCUGAUCCAAAACCUCCAAUUAGUAUAUUUGAAUUAAUCGGAAAGAAGAAGGCACAGACAUCACAAGCCAAACCUAUUGCAAUUAUAGAAAAUGAAACUAUACCACCAGUUCAAAAUGAGACGAAAAUACGACCUCCAUCCAAUUUAAUGUCAAUUUUAACAGGAAAUAAAAAGAAGAAAGAGAUUGAUCUUUCUGAAUCAGCAUCUCCUAUUGUGACCAUACCACAACAUGAACCAACACCCACUUUACCGGAUCCUAUAGAAUUAGAAGAUUCUGAAAUAUCAGAUACAUCAUUUACAGAAUCAAAAAGUUUAGAAUUACGACGAGAUUUCGAUGUAAGAGAACUUGAAAAGAAAAUGUAUAAUAAUAAUGAUAAAGUUAAAUCUAUCUCAGCUAAGGAUUUAUUUUCAAGAUUAAAGAAGAAAGAUGAACCUAAAGUAAUUGAAGUGGAACUGUCUAACCCCCCUGAGAUUAUUGAUUUAGAGAGUGAAACGAUCUUAUCAGGGGAUAAUAAAGGUAAAGAUAAUCUAAAACGUACUACAGCAAAGGACAUAUUCAAAUCAUUUAAACCACCAGCAUCCGUCAAAGCAAACAAGAAGACAACACUAUUAGUAACUUUCAAGAUUAAUUCAGAUGCAUUACGACAAAUUGAAAAAUAUAAUAAUCCCUUAAUCACAAGAGGUAAUAAUAUUAAAUCUGGGUCUGGAACUAAUGAUUUCUUCACUCCUCCACCUCCAAGUUCAUCAACCACUAAGACUAAAUCAUUGUUUGAUUCUAUGAUGCAGGCUUCUAAGAAACUUUCUCCUUUCCAAUCAUUAAAAGAAUUGAAUCCAACUCCUAUCACUAAGGAUUUGAUGCAUGUGUUUUCCCAUGAGGAUGAUGUUGAAUUGAUCAAUAAACCAUUUCAAUGCCCCUGGAGUAUCAGAUCGGAUCAACCACAUAUUAUUCAUCUAGAAAAUGAAGAUAGAUCAGAUAUAUUUAAAUUAAACCCAGAUCAAUCAUCAAGAAACACGUCAAUUAGUUCUACUACCGACAUAGAUAUAACCAAACUCAUCCAAUAUAGAAUCCCUGAUAUUGAAGAAGAACCUCAAUUAAAUUCAAUCUAUGAAAGAUUCAUCAUAACCAAACAAUAUAAUAAAGAUCAAUUAUGGACAGAUUUAUUCCAACCACCUCGAGUUGAAGAUUUAUUAAUGAGUACCACGAAUCAAAAUCUGAUUAAAUAUUGGAUUCAUAAUGCAUUUUUACGAUUAAAGAAUCAAAAUCUAAAGAAUCCUCGUAAUGUAUUAUUAAAACAAAAGAAACGAAGAGAUAAGCUCCAAACUAAUUUCAUUGUUGAUGAUUCGAUAAUUUAUGAUGAUGAUGAGACUGACGAAGAUGUUUUCGUUCCUUUAUUGAUUCUUGAAGGUUCAGCUGGGUCAGGAAAGUCAUCAUCGAUAUAUACCGCCAUGAAAGAGAUCGAUGGGUAUGUCCAUGAAAUUAAUAGUGGUCUGCAUCGAGGUCGGAAGGAUAUUUAUAAUGGUUUAAAGGAAUUCUGUACAACACAAUUGGUUCAUCAACAUAAGGGUAAAAAGGAAUUUCAACAAGGUUUAGUCUUAUUUGAAGAUGUUGAUGUAUUAUUUGAACAAGAUAAGAAUUUCUGGUUGACCGUUCAAGAUAUUUUGAAUAUUUCAAGAAAACCAAUCGUUUUAACUUGUGAAAGUUUACAAUCUAUUCCUAAGAAUAUGAUAGAGUAUGCUCUGGAAGAAGAUUCAGUAAUUUAUAUCGAUCAUAAUAGGGUUUCAUUUCAGUUAUUACUGAAUUAUCUAUGGUUAUGUUGUUUAUCUCAAGGUUAUCAGGUAUCAGAUGUAUUAAUAUCAGAUAUUAUUAAUCAUGGGUUUAAUGGAGUUAAUUAUGAUAUAAGGAAAUGUAUCAUGGAAUGUCAAUUCUUAUGCCUGGUGUCAUCUUCUUCCAAUGAAAUCGUCAACAUAGGUAAGGCGAUCAAACCUACUGUGACUGAUAGUAUAGAAUUCGAUUUAUCUACCAUUGCAAGUCAAAUUGAAUGUGCAUCAGCAGGAGAUGUCAUAGCAUCUAAUUCAUAUUCAGUUUUCAAUCAUACUGUUGCUGAUAAUGAAUUACCUGAAGUUUGUAAUAUCGACGAGAGUCUUUAUUUACGUCAUCCAACUUUACCUAUUGAAUUAAAUAUUGGUCAUCAAUUAAGAAAUAAUUUAAGUAUGAAUUUAGAUGUUCCAAUUCCAAAAUUUUCAUACCGUUACUUACGAGAAACUACGGCAGAAUUUAUUGGUUCAAGGUCGAAGAAAUUACCUAAAUUUAUUCAAGAGUUACUGUUUACAAGACGAACCCUUCGAAGGAAUAAUAGUCCUGCAUUAUCUUCUAUUGAUGACGCCAAUGAUUAUAGAACUCCAGAACCAACUGGUAUUCCUGACACAUCAUUUCUUAAUUAUAUCACUCCAACAUCAUUGAUUAUUGAUCUUUUACCAUUUUGUCGAUAUUGGGUUGAAUUUCAAAACAUUUUAAACGCCAAGGAAGAAGAACAACUAGCUUCUGGUCAUGAUAGUAUUAAACGAUACCUUAAUUAUCGAGAUUUCCAAACUAAUACUACAACUAUUCGAAAAACAUUAACCCGGUCUAUGCAAAUAUAG